AUGGGAGCUUACUUGUCCGUGCCAGGUGCCACGAAAGCAACUAAUGAUUCCGUCUCUGGCCGCAAGAGAGAACACAUUCCGCCGGCUCGUCCAUCUGGACCACAAGCCAAAGUUAUGAAGACGUACGAAGUUCAAGAGGACGAUGAAGCUAGCGAUGAGGAGAAUGAAGAGAAGCAGGAGCUCAGCGGAUUGGAGCAUGAGGAGCAGUUGGAAGAAGAGGAAGAAGACGUUGGAGAUGAAGGACUGGACAAUGAGGAAGAAGUGGGUGAGGAUGGGACCAAUCCGGAUGAGGAAGAGGAGCAACAGAAUGAGGUUGUUGUUGAAGGCGUCGGCAAAGGUGUCGUCGAAUCCCAGUUAGACACCGCUGCAUUGGUUGAAGAGACAAAUGCGGUGCAACCAGUGGAGCCAGCUGCUGAGAGUGACGCAAGCUCGAUGGGGAACGGCACUUCGGGUGCUGAACAGAAAGCGGACAAGUUUGAGGAGAAGAAUGAUGAGAAGAACAACGGGACAACUGAAGCCUCGAAGGAAGUAGAGCGAAACAUCAAUGAACCAGAGGAUGUUAUCUUGGAGAACGCUGCAAUUCCAACCGAAGUCGUGCCAGUCAUGACCGAAGAAGUUGUUGUUUGA